AUGCUCCGCCGACCCUCAAAGCUCCGCCUUCCUUUCCCUCCAGCCCUCAGCAUCCACCACCUGUCAACAAAAUCAACAACAACACUGUACACGCCCCUCGAGGACAUCGAGCCGCUCGAGCGAUACCGGCCCGGAGGCUACCAUCCCGUGCGCAUCAAUGACCGACUCCACAGCCGCUACCGCAUCGUGCACAAGCUCGGAUUUGGCUCCUACUCAACCACAUGGCUGGCUCGCGACGAAAAGGCAGAAGCGACUUCCUACGUCGCUCUCAAGAUCGCUGUAGCCCAGGCCGAAUGCACUUCCGAAAGCCGCGUCCUACGACUCCUGCGAGACGAAGACCCGGAGGGAAAAGACGCCGGAAGAGCCGUGGUCCCGGCUUUGUUGGAUGAGUUCACCGUGCAAGGCCCAAAUGGCUCCCAUCAAUGCAUCGUCACUCUUCCCGCGAGCAUGAGCUUGUCCGACGCACGAGAAGCUUCUUACGGGCGCCUUUUCCAGCUUCCGGUCGCUCGUGCCAUUGCGGCUCAACUUAUCCAAGCUGUCGCUUUCUUGCAUUCAAAGGGCGUUGUCCAUUCCGACCUUCACGAAGGCAACAUUCUGCUCCGCCUACCAAGCUCGGUGGACUGCCUAACCCCGGAUCAGCUGUACGAAAAGUACGGUCAGCCGGAGCUCGAGGCAGUGCAGAGACUCCACGGCCAACCACUCGGCAACGGCGUACCCGACCACGCCGUCGUCCCCAUCUGGCUCGGAGCAGCCAGCCAAGACAUUACUCCAGCCGAAUCUGCCAUACUUUUGACCGACUUCGGAGAAUCCUUCCAGCCCGCCACAACGACACGGCAUCGCUCGCACACGCCGCUUAUACUGCGCGCACCAGAGCUGUUCCUUGAACCGUCUUUGCCGCUCUCUUUCCCCACAGACAUCUGGGCACUCGCGUGUGUCGUCUUCUCCGUCUUCGGCCAGCGCCCCCUCUUUGAGUCCUGGUUUCCCUCUCAAGACGAGGUCCUCCAAGAACAGAUAGACAUGCUGGGCCAACUACCACCAGGCUGGUGGGCAAGCUGGAAGACCCGUGGCAACUUUUUUGACGAGCGACUUGAACGGGUGGAUGGUGAGCCGCGCCGACCUUGGGCGGAGCGCUUUGAGUACUCAAUCCAGGUGCCUCGGAGACUGUGCGGUAUGGAAGAGGUUGGAGAUAGGGAGAAGGCGGCGCUGGAGGAUCUGCUCCUCUCCAUGCUAGCUUUCAAGCCAACACAUCGGCUUGACGCGCGGCAGGUUCUUCAAUCAAAGUGGAUGACUAGGUGGGGCCUACCUGCAUUGGAGUGGACGUAA